GCUGUAGCCGGUAACAGGGACUUGUGCAGCGUUGUGAUUUGUGACAAUCGAUACUCAAAAAGUGCAACCUUCAAGAACUUUCCGAUUUUAUUGCGUACGAUAAACGUGUUUAGCAUGUAAUAAGAUACACAUUUUAAACAAAAUGAUUUCUUUGUUUCCUUUCUUUUACACCCGUUAUUUUUGGUGUAAAAAAGGCAUCCCUGUCAGUUGAAUUUACCAUUACAUAAAAUAAUUUUUCUAUAGAGUAGGUAUUAUUGUGUAUGUAAAUUUAUAGCAUACACACAGUACUUAGCAUUACUAUUCCAUUUUUCUUUGUAAAUGCUGUUUUAUUAACAAGGUGUAUAAUAGUUUUGCUAUUUACCUACUUCGGAUAUUUUUAUAAUAUGGAAGCUUUGGACGUCACAUCGCAUUUAAGUGAAUGUAACAUUUCAGUGCCGGAUGAGAAGUAUUUAUUUGAUUUUACGAAAACAAGCGAUGUAGAUAAUUGGCAAGAACAAUCUGAUACAGUACGAAGUGUUGGGAUGUCAAAAGCUGUGUUCGUGCUACAUAAAAAUACGGAAUACAGAAGAGCCAUAUUCUUUGCUUUGUUAAAUCCACAACCAAAUGGAGCUGGUUUUGCUGGAAUACGUUCAAUAGGAAACCACGAUCUUACCGGUCGUACGAAACUCCAACUAUUUUGUCGUGGCCAAGGACAAUUCAAUGGUUUUAAAGUAGUUUUGCGUCAUAAGGGAUUAAAUGAUGAGCCGAAUUAUUCCUUUGAACAGUACUUCCAGGCCCCAAAAGAUGAAUUUGCGAUUCGCAGUUUGCCUUUCUCGGAGUUUAAAGCUUACUAUAGAGGUAAACGAGUAAACAAUAACGAAACAUUGGAUAUAGCACAUGUCAGCAGUAUUGGACUACAAAUGUAUGGUGGUGUGUACCAACCUAUUAAACAGAAAGGUCCUGCUACUCUUGAGAUAGAUUGGAUUAGAGCUGUAUAAGUGCAUUCAUAAUAAGCAAAGUUUAAUAAAAAAAUAUAGAAAUGUAUAUACUCCAAA